AUGGUUGCAGGGAGCUUUCGUGCGCUGUCUCUUUUGACUUGCUGGCAUCUGGGUGCUGCCAAUGCACCAAGUGCUUCUUCGGUAUGCCCCAAAGGCUACUUCAGGAACACCACCGUGCUGUUCCCCUGUGACGCGCUGUCAGGAGUGGCUUACGCACCUGUGAGCCCAGAGGAGGGGGUGACCAUAAGCGUCCCCUCAGGGGUAAAAGAUGCCCAGAUUGAUGUGAUUUCCUCAGUGGCGCUCACCAUUUCAGUGGGCGAUCCUUCGGAAGUGGCGGCAAUGACACCGCUGAUUCAGGGGCCAAAGUCGCAAGACUGGCGGGGCCUCGCUGUCGAGAUUGAUGCAGGACAGGUCGUUUCAGAAGCUACUGGUCACUGGCUGGGUUCCUGGCGGGCGGGCAUCACGUAUGAGGGCACGACUCCCAAGGAACUUGCCAUUCUGAUACAUGCAAAGAAGGGGACCCAUCGCCAUCUUGCAAACAUCAGCUUCGCUUAUUCGGCAUACAAUGGCUGCAAGAGGCCUGACUUGCCCAUGGGCUGCGACGACUUCGCACGCUUUGCGGCUCGCCAAUUGGUGUUUAACUGGAGCUCGUGGGUGCAAUCCCAGUACAAGUCUGCUGACAUGGCAUGGGAAAAGCUGUGUGACAGUGCGAUGCAAUCCGUGGAGCCACUGGUACCUGGUCCUGUGCCAUUCUACAUAUUCGGUGAUGUCUGGGCCCCCUGGCCAUUGGCAGCGCUGGUGCACCCUGGUUGGCGGGAAGCAUUUCGGUUCAUUGACUCACUGGGUGGGACUCCGCCCGAUGGCUAUGUCCAGAAAGCUGAGUUUGAGACUGCCUAUGGUUUGGCUGGCAUUUACCUUUCAAUGUUUGCUUGGUGCCAGCUUCUUCGCAAGCAGUAUACCACUUGGGAGGAGGCCUGGGACGCGUUAAGUGGCGUCGAAUUUGGCUUCAAAGCCCCAGUGGACUAUGACAGGUGGAAGACAUCAUUUUGGGCAAGCUAUCGCCCAGAAGCAGGCAUGAACAAGGCCUCCCCAGAUCAGGCCUUUGUCUACGCAGACGCAAAUGGCGACGAAGAGAUCUCGCAGCAAGAGUUCUCAUCGAUAUUUUUCAGUUGUUCGCCGGAGAAUGCCAACAAGCCACCUGGAGGCGCAGCCGCUCAUGCAGAGAAGGCGGAAGAAGCUGCGGCUCAUACUGCUAAGCCGGGCAGCAAUGCUUCUGCAGCACCAGUGGCUGCUUCAAAGGCGCAAGCGCCGACCGCACGAUGUUUGUACAGGGACGUUGAGUAUUCAGGUCAAGAAGUCGGAGUUUCUUCGACGCAGGCAAAUCUCACUCUCUGCCAGGCCCGGUGCCGCAGAACGCCAGGAUGUGCUCAUUUCACAUUCCACAACACUGAUGGCAUGUGCCGGAUGUUGGACAUGGAGGCCGGUUGGAGGGAAUCGUCGGGUCUUAUCUCCGGCCCCGUGAAGUGCGUGGCGCAAGUGCAGAUGAAGCUCGAGGAUGUUGGCGAAACCUCCAGCUUGGAGGGCAAGGCGGACUUGCUCAAGCUGGAGCUCGCAGAGGAGUUUGCCAAAUCCGCGGGCAUGCCUGUCCGCGACAUCCGGGACAUGCGCGGGAACCCGGGCAAGGUCUCCCUGUCCUUUGGCUCAGAACCUGGUGGGGAGCUCUUAGUCGGCUUCUUCGUAGAUGUACCUCCGGGUGGCGAGUUGCGGGACAUGGAGAAGAUUGCCCAUGAAAGCAAGGCGCACCAGAAGCUCCUCACGGCCCUUCGAGCCGACACAGGGCCAGGUGCAGAGAUGAAGGUGGAGGUGGCGGUGGUCCCAGACUCGCAAUGCUUUAUUCUCGGUACACGAUAUACGCCCGAUCUCAAUGCCCAACAGGCUGCGGUCACAACCGCCAAGGCUUGCCAAAUCAUGUGCACGCAAACAGAGGGCUGCCGAUUCUUCUCUUAUUUGCGGACAUCAAAGAUGUGCAGCCUCCAAGGAGAGUCUGCAACCCCCGUCUUCUUCGAAGAUUCCCUUGCAGGGCCACAGUUGUGCCACAACCUCCCCCAUGAGCCCGAGCCAUCUGCUGCUGAGCUGGAUGUUGAUUCUCCCGGUACCAUCUUCACGAGCUUUUGGUUCUGGUUCCUGUUGCUGAUGGCAUGUUGUUUGUGCAUUGCUGCUGCGUACUUUGCCUUCCGGAGGGGCCGCGUGUGCCCCAAAGGGUGGAAGCGCCAGUUUUCUCGCUCGCGAAAGCGCGAGGAAGGGAAGCUGUCGCAGCACAGAUACAUGGCAUUGCCGCCCACCGACCGGGAGCUCGAGCAGAACAUGCUUACCCAGGCCGCGUCAGACGCUGGCACACAGGGAUCCGUGCCUCGCCCGCUCCACCCAGUUGAUCUCGGCUCGAAGCUUCCGGGCUCCAGCUACCCCGGAAGUUGGGGAUCAACUGGAAGUCAGUGGAGCUGGCAGGUCGAGCGCCUUUCCACCGCACCAAGGGAAACUCGGGAAACUCCAGACUUCCCAAAUCCAAGCCGGGGCCAACUUGCUGCACAGGGUGCCUGGGGGCCAAGUCCCAGCGGACAGAGCUCCCCUUGCUCUCUGCAACAGUCCCCUCGAGCUUCUGCGAUGAGGGAUGACUCCCCCGACUGGAUGCCACACUUUCUGGGUGCGGAGGCAGUUCGAGAAGCAUACCACAACUAUGACGUCUCGCAACUGCACGCCAACCCAAACAACCCACCUGAGCGCUCAUCGUGGCCUGCUCCGCAAAUGCCCACCUGGAGGCUUCCGCCGCCAGUGUCUGCGGAAUUUCCGCAUGCCUCCAGCAUGCCGGGCAGCAUGGGCCUGCCGUGCCCUUCAGCAUUUCAGCCAAAUCCAGCUGGUUUCGGCGGCUCCUUGGACAACAUGGCAACAUGGCCUGCUCAUUGUGAUGUAUUUUGUCUCGGUCCAUCAAGUGCAUGCUUAAAACCUGAGGUCCUGUCUCCUUCGACCAGUCAUGGCAAAGCUGAGCUGCUGCAGGCGUGGGAUCUGAAUUCGUGUUGCUCUCUGCGUCAAGUGCCUGUGUCCUUACACGGGCGCAUUGACGAAGCAGCCGGUGCGCUGUCAAUGAAGCAGCUUCACCUGUCCAAAAAUCAUUCUUGUAUACUUUCGCGAUGCCUCUACGGCGCAGAGCCGCCACCGUGUGGGUGCCGGAGCAUCUUAAGCCCUGAAGGGCGGCGUCAGGAAAGAUCCAACGCAGUGGCCGAUCCUUUCGGUACAGGCAGGCGCGUUGAAUUAAUGCACUCGCCGGCACAAGGUGGCUGCACGUGCUGUCGUGCAGUAGCAAGUGGCUGGCAUUGUAGCAUAGCCUUCGGCAUCUGCUAG